UGCAUCUUGCACAUUUAACAAAAAAGGCUUUAUUUAAAAAAAUAUCAGAUAGUAUUUGGCAUCAUAGGAGUUUCAAUUUUUGAUAUCCACGAAACAAUUUUGAACUUCUGGUGUCCAUAUAAGAUAAUAUCCGUUCUUUUUUUUUUGUUAACCUCCUUUCCGUUCUGUUUUAAUAUUCAACAAUACUCAUUUUCUCUGCCCUAUAUCUUCUUGUUAACGAAGAAAAGAGAAAUAUUUCCUAUCUUACAUAAAAAAAUGGGGAAAUUCCCAGCUGUGAUGAUCAUCCUCGCUUCUUCUCUUCUUUUUGUUCUUCACACCUCCAAAGUUGUUAAUGGCGCCAAGUGUUUCGGAAGCCUAGCAAUCAACAGUAGCUACGCUCAGAAUCGUCGCGAUCUCUUCUCUACUCUUGCUAAUAAAGUCGCCACUAACGGCGGAUUCUACAACGCUUCACUCGGCCAGUAUCCCAACAGAGUUUACGCUCUUGGCCUCUGCGCAAGAGGCUACGAGCAAAAAGCUUGUUUCAGUUGUGUUGAAAGCUUGACGCUGGAUACACAAAUAAGUUGUGGAAAUAUCACGGAUUCGUUCGUUUGGGACAACGACGAUGAAGACGGUGUUUCUUGUCUUGUACGUUCCUCAAACCACUUAAAUUUUGAGAACGACGAGCCUAGACCUCCUGUUACAGAUACAAGUAUUCAUCCUUUCGAGCUAUCUAUAAACAUGACCCUUUUCAUGCAACAGUGGGAAUACACGGUAAAUAAGACCCUGGAGGCUGCUAUAAAAGCUAAUACUUCCUCGGUACAUAAGUACUAUGGUGCGGUCGAAGCCGAGUUCACAGCGUUUCCUAAUGUUUACAUGUUGAUGCAAUGCACACCCGACAUAACUUCCCAGGAUUGCAAGAAAUGUUUGGGAGAUUGCUUGACGUACUUUAGAGAAGAGUUUCGGGGAAGAGUAGGGGAAACAGUUUUGGGCACGGCUAGUUUUCCCAGCUGUUUUUUCAGGUGGGAUCUACUUUCUUUCAAUGGUGCUUUUGAUAAUGUUACAAGAGUUCCAGCACUUCCUCGACCUCAGGCUCAGAAAAAGGGGAGCUCUAUACCAUAUAACAAAGGACUAAGCAUGCAUUGGGGAAUUAUCACGAUAAUUGUGGUUCUUACUUUCAUUAAUCUUGUGAUACUUAUUGGUCUCUACAAAGUCAAUGUUUGGAGGAGAAAAUUAAACAACGGAAUAAAUGGUGGUUGUACAGAAUACUCUGAUUCGGAUGGUCGGUUUAUGUUACGGUUUGAUCUUGGUAUGAUCUUAUCGGCAACGGCUGACUUUUCGCCUGAAAAUAAGCUUGGGCAAGGUGGAUUUGGUACGGUCUAUAAGGGGAUAUUACUGAAUGGGAAAGAGAUAGCGGUGAAGAGAUUAACCAGAUGUUCAGAAGGAGGUGUGGAGUUUAGAAAUGAGGUUUCACUCUUGAUAAGACUCCAGCAUAAGAAUCUGGUUAAGCUUCUUGGUUUCUGUAAUGAAAGAGAUGAAAAAAUUCUUGUCUACGAGUUUAUCCCCAACUCAAGCCUUGACGGCUUUAUCUUCGAUGAAGAGAAACGUUCGCUUCUUACAUGGGAAGUGAGGUUAAAGAUUAUAAAAGGCAUUGCUCGAGGUCUUAUUUAUCUCCAUGAAGAUUCUCAUCUGAAAAUUAUUCAUCGAGACUUGAAGGCAAACAACAUCCUCUUAGAUACAGAUAUGAACCCUAAAGUUGCAGAUUUUGGGACAGCAAGGCUGUUUGACACCGAUGAGACUAAAGCUGAAACACAACGAAUAGCUGGAACCCGUGGAUAUAUGGCUCCAGAAUACCUGAAUUACGGUCAAAUCUCAACAAAAUCUGAUGUAUAUAGCUUCGGUAUUGUGCUUCUAGAGAUGAUAAGUGGUCAAAGAAACAAUAGCUUUGAAGGAGAAGGAAUUGCAACUUUUGCAUGGAAGAGAUGGACUGAAGGAAGGCCUGAGAUUAUAACUGAUCCUUUAUUGGUAAAGAUUCCAAAUAAAGAGAUCAUAAAAUUUAUCCAAACUGGGUUGUUGUGUGUUCAAGAGAAUGCAACAAGAAGACCAACCAUGAGCAAUGUAAUAGUUUGGCUUGGUAGUGAGACCAUCACAAUUCCUUUGCCUAAGCCUCCUGCUUUCACAAGUAGGCAUUCCUAAUCUGAAGACUGUACAGUUUAAAAGAGCAAUGUCUUCACAGAGUUGAGUUCUCAUUGAGUUAUAAAUUCCUAAUCUGUAUGUUGUUUUUAGAUUUGUACCAAAUAUUCUAAUCGUAUAAUGUAUUGAAUUGAGAGAGUAGUAAAAAGAAUGAAUAUAUAUAAUGUAGGACCGCGAAUAUUCUUA